AUGAAUGCUGCGAGCACUGUGGUUUCGGCUGUGGCGGGGAGGAGCGAACGGCUGAAGCACAAGGUGUACGAGGCGACAGGCCUUGGGGAGGUGUUCAACGACAGCAAUGUGCACCUCUCUGUCAAGUCCAGCCCGGAGAAAACGGCAGCGGCGCUGUCGCUGCUCGCGGAGAGGGAGGGCCUCAUCACCAAGCAGAACGACUCAGGGAGCUGGCGGAGGCGUCGCGCGCUGCUCGUGCCCCACACCUUCCUGUACUACUUCGGGGAGCACACGGCCGAGACGGACCUUCGCCCUCACGGCGUCAUCGACCUCGAGCUCUACACGGACAUCCAGGUCGUCGACGGCAACCUGUUGAAGCUCGCGCCCGGGGAUGAGACGAGCCCCAUCCGCACGUUCUAUCUGAGGCUGAAGGACGGGGACGAAGCGGAGGAAUGGGCGCAGGCGAUACGAGAGACCCGGUUCGGGUUGGUCCGAGACGAGAGGGAUGCUCUCCGGUGUGCCAAGAUGGGCCUGUCAGACCAGCUUGUCACCCACGAGGAGGCGAUACACGAGUCUCUCGCCCUUCUCCGAGCCUCGCGUGGCAGGGAGUCCGCCGCCGUCUCUGAGCUCUCCCGGCGCGACGCCGAGGAAGCUCGGCGAGUGGGGCAGGUGCGGGCCCUGCUGGCGGCUUCCACCUCCUCUCCCCCGGCCUCUUGCGACGGCGGCGACAUCGCCGACAAUUUGGCCGACCCCCCGGGAUGGGCAAGAAGCGGCAGAGAGAGGCCAAGAAGCAGCAGCAGUAGUAGUUGCACCGACGGUGGCGACAGCGAAUCAAGUUGCCUCCGAGGCUGCGUCUCGUGGUCGUCCUUGCAGGAACGAGCGAGGGCGGAGGCUUCCGCUGUUGUUGGGGGGAUGGGGACUGGAGUCGGCGGGAGGGGGUCUUCGGUUGCCGCGACUUCUCUGUCCGAGCUCGCCGCGCUGGAGGAAGUGAUCGCGGAACGUGCGCAGGAAGUCGCUUCCCUGAAGGUGGACAACGAGGCCCUUCGAGAAAAGGAGGCCCUCGCAGAUGACCGGCGCCGACGAGACGUGGCGGAGGCCCUCCGUCUACGGGACCAGGAGCGAGAGCGCGCGGAAGGCGAAGCCUCCUUGCGAUCGGACCUCGAGGCCGAGUUGCAACGCCUCCGGGAGGAGCUCGCGGACAGCAGAGCCGGCAGAGAAGAAGCCAGGGUCAACCUUGGGGUGGUGGCGGCCGCUUGCCGGGAGGCGGAGGCGAAGUCGAGGGAGCUGCAGGAGCACCGGCGGGUGCUGGCGCGUGAGGUGAAAGCCAGUAGGGUCGAGCAGCGGCGGUUGUCUGCCGCGCUGAGCUGUGCCACGACGGCGGCCGCUGCGGCUGCCGCCACGGCAGCGGCAGCGAAGGCGGAAGCGUCGGCGGCAAAUGCCGCCGCCGCUGCUGCCUCCGCCGCCGCUUCGUCCGGUAGCCGGGGCCGGUCGUCGUCGGCCGCCAGCUCGGCGGCCGAGGACUUGGGGGAAGAGGUUGCAAGGCGUGGUGAAGAAGAGGAAGGAACGGGGUGCGCCGGCGGGGAAAACGGGCACGGUUUUGAGAGAUCAUCCGGCGAUGAGGCGUUGACGUUGCCGCCGCCUGAGGGACAUCUUGGAGAGGAAAAGGGCGCGGCGAAGGCGACGAUAGAGAUGGCCGCUGAGACACCCGACGGCGGCGGGUCGGUGCAUAGCGGCGGCGGCGGCGGCAGCGGGCGCGUUGCGCCCGGUAGUCCGGAGGCCACGGAGGAAACACCCACGGAGGAAACACUGUCGGACAGCGCGAUGGCCCAAACCGCUCCGGUGGUGUGGCGACCCUCGUCGCUGGACGUCGCGGGAGUUAACUCGCGGCGGCAAGGAGGGGGCGAGGAAAGCAAGGGUGGGUCCGAGAGCGGCGCCACCUCUCCCGAGGAGGGGUCCCCCGUGUUUCCUGGUACAGCGGAUGCUUGCAAAGGCGUCGGCGACGGUGGCGUUAGCGGAGGUAGCGGUGAAGGGGGGUCUGGAUCUCGGCCGGAUGAAAACGGUUUCGACGGCGGUCCGCCUACCGUAGGGGAGGAAGGACCUUAUCGCCGCGGCGACGGGCGUUUCGCGGCGUCCAGGAGUCCGUCGCCGCCCGCGGCGGGGGGCGGCGUGGGCUUUGGCGAGAAGGGAAACGAAGAGCUCGAAGAGGAGACUUGUGGUGAUGGUGGCGUUGAGGAUGCAGGAGACAAGAAGGGGGAGCAAGGAGAGGAAGGUGCGCGUGCCCGGUCCUCGUCGCCGCCGCCGCCGCCGCCGUCAACGCGCGGCGGCAACAACCCGCUGGGAACGGGAGUAGAGAGCGGCGGUGGCGGCGGCGGUGGCGGCGGCGACCGUAGCUCCUCUCCCGCGGCGACGGCGGCGGCGACGGCGGAAGCGCUCGCCGCGGCCUUCGGCGAGUCGUCCUCGUUGCGGCUUAACCAGAUGGUGGCGUCGCUGUCGGCGGGCCUUCGAGAGACCAGGAAGGCUCGGAGGAAGCCUCUCCUCGGGCACCUCGACGAUGACGACGAAGGCGACGGUUGCGACGGCGGAGGGUUGAACGCGGGGCCCCCUCCGGCCAGCCCGGACGAGGACGACGACGGCGGCGUCACCGACGGCACGGGGACGGACGGCGGGGACUCUCGCCACGACCCCACCGCAACCGCCGCAACACCAACGACGCGGAAAAACAGCGGCGGCGGCAACGGGGCGUGGUCGGCGUGGUCUACGGUGGGAGGAGGUGGUGGUGGUGGUGGUGGUGGUGGUGGUGGUGGUGGUGGUGGUGGUGGCACCGGCAGCAACGGCAGCCACCACGGACCACCGCCGCUGUUGCUCGCUAGUGACGAGGAGGGGCGGCGGAUUUGCGGUGUUUCUUCGGCGACGGCGGUGUCGAUGACGGCGGCCGGCGGUGGGUCUGCGGACGACGGCGGGGACGAGCGGUGCGGUCGCGACGUGUCGGAGGUGUUUGUGGGCGCGUUUUCGGGGGAAUCGGCAACGAAAACAUCACCAGGGGCGGUAGCUGCUGCUGCUGCUGCAAGUGAAGAGCGAGGGGUAGUGGCGCCACCGCAUGGGCCGUCGUCUUCUGCGGAGGUGUCCUCAACCUCCACCGUUUUCGUUGCCGCGGAGGGCUCGGCUUCGAAGAAGGCCGCCGCGCUGCUACGGAACCUCGGCAGGCCGGACGGGGAAGGCGGUGAGGGUAUGAAUGCACGAGAGGGGCCGCAGAUUGAGGAGGACGACGAAUCAGCUUCGUCGUCGUUGGCAUUGACGCAGCGAGGGAAAAGUGGGGGCGGAGACAUCGAUGAAGGUGGUGGCGGUGCUGCUGUAUCAGGAUCGGCGGGGGUGGUGGCGGUGGUAGGGGAAAAUACGCGCGGAGGAGCAGGUGUGGGUGUUGGCGACGGGAGUGUUGGUGAAGCGGCAGUGGCCGUGGCAUUGGCGGCGGCUGAACGGGGGGGUCGUCUCUCCGCGGAGGCGGCGGAGGCGGCUCGGCGGUGGGAGGCCAAGCUGAAAGGGUCGUUCGUUACGAUGGCUAGCGGGGUGCGGUGGGGGAUGGCUCCGCAGCGGUCGAACGACGUGAAGUUUUUCAAGCCUUGA